GCUCGAGGCCCUUGGCCGGAGCACCCCCCCUGUACAGACGAUGGGCCCGCUGGGGACGUGCACCGCCGAGCGCACAUAGACGGGGCCCGCCGGAGGCGCGCCGUGUCGCUCCGCGGGGACAGGCUGGCCAUGCGGAUGGGCCCCCACAAGCUGGCGGCGCCCGCUCGGGCGCGGCUCGCGCCCCCUGCCCGGCCCGCGCCGGGGGAGGCGGCGAGGCCGAUGCCGCUGGCGCGGCGCUACGAGCGCGUGCGGGAGCUGGGCCGCGGCUCGUUCGGCACGGUGUGGCUGGUGAGGCGCAGGUGUGAUCGGAGGCUCUUCGCGAUGAAGACCUUGGAGCUGCCCCCGCUGUGCAGCCGGGACGAGAAGGACCUGGCGGAGCGGCGGCAGGCGCUCCGCGAGGUGGAGAUCCUGCAGUCCCUCGAGUCCCCCUACCUCGUGCGGUACCACGAGACGCUGCUGGUGCCCGCGACGGAGCAGCAGGAGCGCAGCGAGCUACACAUCUUCACCGAGUACUGCGACGCGGGCGACCUGGCCUCGCACCUCCGGAAGGCUGGCCGGCCCGGGGGCGGCCUGCCCGAGGCGGAGGUGUGGCGCUUCGCGGCGGCCGUGCUGCAGGGCCUCUGCGAGCUCCACCGGCAGAAUGUGAUGCACCGGGACCUGAAGCCCGCCAACAUCUUCCUCAGCCGCGCGCCACCGCGCCGCGGUGCUGUUGCGGGCGUCGGCGGCGGGCUCCGCGGUCGCCUGCCCACGGCGGCUGGCAAGGGCGGUGGCGGUCAGCGGGGAGCUUCGGGGCUGCAGGCGAAGCUCGGCGACCUUGGGCUGGCCAGGUCCGUCUCGGGCAGUGCGGGCAUGGCCAGCACGGUGGUCGGCACGCCCCACUACAUCGCACCCGAGAUAUACGAGGGGCAGCCGUACGACGAGAAGGCUGACGUGUAUUCCUUCGGCGCAUGCGUCUACGAGCUCAUGCAUGGCAAGCCACCUUGGGCACAGUGUGAGCACGUGGCUGCAAUCGUCCGCCACGUGCUGAGGCUGGACGGGGACGCGGCGGAACACGAGGUCUUCAUGGACCCGAGCUUCUCCGCGGACCUGCGCGCCCUGGUCACGGCGUGCAUGGCACGCUCACCCAGCGAGCGCCCCAGCGCCCGAGAGCUGCUGGCCCGGGUGCCACCAGAGCUGGGCGGGGGCGCGGAAGUGGUCUCCGCCGCGGAAGGCGCCGUCGCUGUCGCCGCAGCGCCUGGGCCUGUCGUUGCUAAAGCACUACCGCCUGGGCCGCCGCCACUCUCGGCCGGCCUCGCCUUCCGCCCGCCGCCCCGGGGCGCCGCGGGCCCAGCGGCGCCGCGGCAGGAGGCCUCGGAGGUCACUAUGAGUCCGGCGGAGCUGGGCGCGGCGGCGGCGGAGGCCCUGGCGCCGAAAGGACCCGCCCCGCCUGCGGCACAGACCGAGGCUGCCGGGACGCAGGAGGUCACCCUGCGCCCCGCGACGCUGGGCGGCUGCGGCGAGAAGGACGCCUGCGCGGAGCCGCCAGCGGCAGACCGGGCGGACCAGACGAAGCAGCUCCCCGAGAGCGCGCAGAGCGGCGACCUGCCAGCUGCGGAGGAGGCCCGGAACACGCGCCUCCUCCGAGCCACGCGGGCCACCGCCUCGCCAGAGCCCUGCAACGACCGGGCAGGCACGCCCUGCGAUUCGGCACUGCUGGAGACGCGCCCGCGCCUCGAAGACAUGAGGGGCAACCUGACCGAGCAGAAGGGCGGCCUGAAGGCCUACGUGACGCGGGCCCAGUGCUGCAUCUCGCGGUUGCGCCGCGACAGGCGGGGGCCUCCAGCGUGCCCCAGCGAGGGCGGGGAGGCCUGCCGCAGCGGCUGCGGCGACGGGGCGGGGCUGGACACUCGGAGCCACUGCACUCUCAGGAGCCCCGCGUCGGCCAAAGGGCGCCGCGUGGGCUCUGCCCGCGGAGCGGCCCCGGCCGCCUGCCCCGGCGCACGGGUGGCCUCGGAGGCCAGGCUGCUGGAGGUCGUGGGCGUUGCGAUGUCGUUGUCGCCCAAGGUCGCGCGCCCCCUCAGGCUGUGAGGAGGCGUGCCACGGCCCACCGCCUGAAUUGAACCCUGUGCGAGCAUGCGGCAGAAUCGCUGGAGAAAAUGUCGCAAUGUCCGCUGCCCCAACGCCUGGCACAUCAUUGACAGUUGCCUUGGCUUAGUGCCGAGUCCAAGCGCUGCUGCAUAGGGG